GCAGGAGUCUCAUGAUCUCAAGCUGGCUGCUGCAGAAGUUUGGCUUGAUGAAACUUCAGAGCGCGGAAGUGAAGAGAAACUUUCGCAUGAAUCUCUGCAAGAGAGCGACACUUUCGGCGUUUGAGUGUGGAUAAGGAUGAUAACGAUGACACGGAUGCGCCAGUGUUUCUGAGGAACUACCGAGUUGCACUGUUUUGUGAGGCUUUAUUUCAGGUCUGAUCAUGGGGUUGCCGACUCUAGAGUUCAGUGACUCUUUUGUGGACAGUCCGGACUUUAGAGAGAGACUCAAAUGUCACGAGAUCGAGCUGGAUCGAACGAACAGCUUCAUCAAAGAGCUGAUUAAAGAUGGACACCAGCUGAUCUGCGCGCUCAAAAACCUCUCGGCAGCCGUGCAGAAGUUCUCCCUGUCGUUACAGGAGUUCCAGUUUGAGUGUAUUGGUGACGCAGAAACGGAUGACGAAGUCAACAUUGCUCAGUCCUUCAAAGAGUUUUCCCAGUUGCUGAACACCAUGGAAGAGGAGAGAAGGCGGCUGAUACAGAAUGCUGAUGAUGUUCUGAUCACACCCUUGGAGAGAUUCCGGAAAGAGCAGAUCGGAGCAGCCAAGGAGGGGAAGAAGAAAUUUGACAAGGAGACAGAAAAGUACUACUCCUCACUGGAAAAGCAUCUCAACCUGUCUUCCAGAAAAAAAGAAUCAGCUCUCCAAGAGGCUGACACUCAGAUUGAUAAGGAGAGGCAACUCUUUUAUGACGCCUCUCUAGAAUACGUCUUCAAAAUCCAGGAGGUUCAAGAGAAGAAGAAAUUUGAAUUUGUUGAGCCGCUCUUGGCCUUCCUACAGGGUCUGUUCACAUUCUACCAUGAGGGUUAUGAGCUGGCCCACGAAUUUGAGCCCUACAAACAACAGCUACAGUUUAACCUGCAGAAUACAAGAAACAACUUUCUGAGCACCAAGCAAGAAGUAGAGAAGCUGAUGAACAGAGUUCGAUCUGCAGAUCAAGACCAGAAGCCUCCAGGCCAGUGGACAAUGGAAGGCUAUCUCUAUGUCCAGGAGAAACGGCCUUUGGGUUGCGCAUGGACACGCCAUUAUUGUACAUACGAAAAAGGCAGCAGUGUCUUCAGCAUGUGCAACACAGAGGCAAAACCCACAGCUAAACAGAACGGUGUCAUGUCAAAUCCCACAGAGAAGUUCAGACUGAAGUCCUGUAUCAGGAGGAAGACUGACUCGAUUGAUAAGCGCUUCUGUUUUGAUAUUGAGGUGGUUGAAAGAAAUACCAUCUAUCGUGGAUCUCUUUUCAGACCACUGCAAUUUUUCUGUAAAGCCCGGCAUGGCAUUAUCACGCUACAAGCGCUGUCUGAGUCCAACAGGAGACUCUGGCUGGAAGCUAUGGAUGGCAAAGAGCCGAUCUACAACCUUCCUGCUAUUCUGAGCAAGAAAGAGGAGACAUAUUUAAAUGAAGCUGGCUUUAAUUUUGUGAGGAAGUGUAUACAGCUGGUGGAGGUGAGAGCAGGGCUCAACACUAUGGGUUUAUACAGAGUCGGUGGAAUAAACUCAAAAGUGCAGAAGCUCAUGACCACAGUCUUCUCAGCCAAAGCAGCAUCAGAUAUGGAUCUGGACCCAGAGACCUGGGACAACAAGACCAUCACCAGCGGCCUCAAGAAUUACCUCAGGUGUCUUUCUGAGCCUCUCAUGACAUACAAGCUCCACUCAGACUUCCUCUUGGCUGUCAAAUCUGAUGAUCAGAACUACAGAGUGUGUGCAGUUCACGCGCUGCUGCAUAAACUACCUGACAAAAACAAAGAGAUGCUGGAGAUAUUAAUCAAACAUCUACUCAAUGUGUCCACUCACAGUGAGAGUAACAUGAUGACGGUGUCCAAUCUGGGAGUGAUCUUUGGCCCAACGCUCAUGCGCUCACAGGAGGAAACCGUUGCCGCCAUGAUGAACAUAAAAUUCCAAAAUAUCGUGGUAGAAAUUCUCAUUGAAAAUUUUGAAAAGAUAUUUCAUCAAGCACCGGACCCUAAUGUUCCCCUGCCGCAGCCACAGUCUCGUCCGGGGUCUCGCAGGAGCAGAGCCAUCUGCCUCUCAUCUGGACCGCGCAAACCCAAGAGCCUCUACACACCCUCAAUGUGCCUGGCAGACGCGGACAGUGACACGUUCAGCAGUAGUUCAGGGAGCACUCCAAUUGGCAGCAUGGACUCCCUCUCCUCCCACUCCUCAGAGCAGAACAGCUCCUCCAAAACCUGCUCCUCUCCAAAGCCCAAAGACAAGCCCCCCUUCCCCGGCCUGCGACGGACCCCUUCCUCCCUGUCCUCCAGCGAGCCCCAGGGCCCCACCUGCACCAGCAGUCCAGACUCCAGCUCCAGAGAGGACACGGCCCGUGUGGACUGGGAGGACUCCUGCAGGAUGAACUCAGGCUCAGCAGCUGCCAGAUCUUCACCAGCACCCACAAAGGCUCCUCACACUGGAGUAGGAAUCAAAUCAGCACAGCUUAACCGCUCGAGUGCCCCGUCUCUAAGAUCUUUACACAUCACAGAAGGUCGUAAGAGCUGUGUGGGGUCUGUACAGAAUCUAGCAUGUGUGGUGCAUAAAGAUGGCAUCAGAUCCACAGCUUACCAUGAUCUGCCACCUAAAACAAUCCUGCGCCGAAAGCUGGACAACAACAACUCUACCAACGGCUAUCAGAGACCAGGAUCAGUGGUGGCUGCCAGAGCGCUGCUUUUUGAGAGCCCAUCAGCUGUAAAACCUCCUCCCUUGGGAAGAGAUGCCAAAGCUAUAUAUUCAUGUGAAGCAGAACACAGCAAUGAGCUGAGCUUCCCACAGGGGGCUCACUUCUCUAACGUGUAUCCUUCAGUGGAACCGGGCUGGCUCCAGGCAACGUUUGAGGGCAAAACAGGCCUCGUUCCUGAAAAUUACGUGGUGUUCCUCUGACAGGAGGGGCCAAGCAUUUCAUGGUAUCCAUGGCAACAUCAACUUUAGACCAAGGGCUUUAAAUAUAUGUCAAUUGUUGACGGAUGUGUAAGUGGACCGUGACAUUAAUAUGACAUUGAAUAUUAAGAGAUCAUGGACGGUACACAGACCUCAAUGAUGCAGCACAAGGGUGAUUAAUGUCUGAAUCGCAGCUGUAAUAAUCUAGACAAAUGGGUUCCAAAGUAUUUGCUGAGUCAGAAAUGUUAAAAUUGACAUCAUGUGCUGCUUGAGUCUAGAUACACAAAUUCACAUACACUGAGAUCAGGAGGUGCGAUGGACUGCACUAAAUGGUCCUUUUAGGUCUAAUAUGUGGUGGAAUACUGUAAUUUUGUUAAGAAAGAUCAGCUAAAAGGUCUAAAAGACAGGCUUUCUUUUAUUCUAGCUCACUAUUUUAUAAAAGAAAUGAAGAAUGUUAAACCUCAGCAACAGUAACUAUUUGAGCUGUGAAUCACUGUCAUGUUUAACUUAAUUCAGCAGUACCCAAAUUCUGCUGUGUGUGUGGUUUAUUUCAUCAUGAAUGUACUUACUUUUACUGUCAUUAAUGUUCAAAAGUCUGAAACCACAUUUUUAGGAUUUUGAACAUUUUAAACAGAGAAACCUUAACAAAAUGAGUUUCUUAAUGAAUAUUUCUUGCCGACUAAUCAAUUAAGUUGAAGUUUUCAAGAAAAUUGUGACUUUUACCAUGUGGUCAGAUUUCCAGCUUAACACUGAAGCUCAAGAUACUCUUUGGAACAUCUUUAAAUCAUGCUGGAGAAACAUGAUCAUCAGGUUUAGUUAUGCAGUUUGAGUGCUGCUGACAUAAGAGACAAAAAUAUAUAUUUACAUUUUCAGUUAUGAUAUUCAUAUGCAUCACAUUGUUCUGUUAAUAAAAUGUGUAUUGAAAGUAAAAAUGAAUAAAAAUGUAUGGUAUUGACAAAUAGAAUUCUACAUGCAGUACUGAAAUCGGCCAUUUAGGCAUAAAUGUUUGGUGGACAGUGAAAUGUUCCAGUUUUGUGCUGAAAUAUCAGCAGCCUUGGAAGACUGCUUUAUUCAGUCACAUUAGUGGAACACAACUAAGUGUUCCAGUUAUUUAUAAUUGGAAUGUCUAAUAUUUUCGUAUAAACAUUCCUAAUCCUGAAAGUUUGGAAAUCUGUGGUUUAAAGCAUGAGAUAGCAGUGGAUCAUGCCUCAGUUUUGCAUCCAGGUCACUGCAGAAUGUCAAGUAAAAUUCAGUCUUUAAAAAUAUUAAUGAAUCAAGUCUAGCUGUAACAUCUUAAUUGUACAUGCAGGGCUCCAGACUGCGACCAUUUUUUUCUGCCAGUGUGAGUUAAGGCCCUUUCACACGGGACACAGUGUGUCUAGUUCAUUUUCAAUGGGAGACAUGCCACAAGUGGCAAAAACGCGGGCAAACGAGAGAGAAAUUCAAGCAAUUUUCAAUGACUUAAAAGCAUUUCACACAACUGUUUCCAGCACUUUAAAGCUCCUAAAUGAUCCAAUUUGAAUGUUAUUUUCUGUGGGAUGACCAAAGUAUACUGUGGUGAAUCACCAUUAUAACCUGUAAAUGGCAGCAGAGGAACACUUAUUGGCUUAUUAGUCAUUCAGUUAUACUUUUUCCUUUAUAUUUUGAAAUUAUAAAAUAAUUAUAUAAUCACUAUUAUAAAAUAUCAAAUCAAGAAAUCUGAUUUUGUCAGAGUUUUGCUCUUUUUUGUGUAUGAAGUAAGAAAAACCACAAAGUGCUUUGAAAAAAACUUCUGAAAUUUGCGGCUAAAUCACACAUAAUCACUAAGUUGUUGGUUAGGUCUAUAUAAGACUAUAGAAGAAUAAUUGUACAUUUAAUAAGAUUAGGCUACAAUAUAUACCCUUUUCACAUAAAAAUUGGAUUUUGCCCAUGUUACUGUUAAUAAAAUAAAUUUUGUAAGCUUCCCAACUCAAGCUUAGUGCUUUACUGUCAAAUGUGUAUAAACAAGAAAUGAACAUGUAAUAUUAUUAGUAACUGCACUUAUUAAUGCAAAAAAAUAGUAAUUUUAUCAUAUAUAAUAUAUAUAUAUAUAUAUAUAUAUACAGGUAUGUAUAGCCUAUAUAUAUAUGUGUGUCAUCGCUCUGAAAUUAAAAGAAUGCUGUACAUUGUAAUUUCUAUGAGUUAAGUAUAUUUAUUAUCAAAGCAUUUGUCAGUAAUACAGUUAAAAUGGUAAAAAUAUGUGAAUGAUUGCAUUGUAGGCUGAUUUAAGGUGUGCCCCUAAAUGUUCUGCUUGUGCUCCUAAAAAUGUUCAGUCAGGGCUACAGUGCUCCUUGUAAAAAUAGUUUGUCUGGAGCCCUGACAUGAUGUUCAGGUCAUUCAAGUUUAAAAUGACACCAACUGUCAGUGUCAACAACACCAAUAUGGUACGUUCCAGUCGUCUUAUUGUCUCCAUAAUUAAAUAUUCCAAACUUGUAUUAUGAAGAUAAAAAUCUAGAUGAUAGAAGUUUAUAUAUGGAUGAUUAUCUUGUAAAUCAUAUAUUUUUCUUCUUAAUUAAUUUUUGUUCUGCCAAUAAAUUUGUUUAUAAAAUGA